UUCAUACUCCGAUCAGUCUCACCCGCAAACAAGUUCAUACUCCGAUACCCCUCCUUCUCCAGUCCAUGGCCACAAAACAAAUCCUUAGAGCUCAGCUACGCUCGUAUCCUGCAAAUGGGCACUCUGCAUACCUCCCACAGGCCAGGAAAAUAGUAUUAGAAUUUUGCCAGAAUCUUCCUUCAUCCACCAAUACCCGUACUUUCAUCUCAAAUGACCUGCAGCGUGUUGCAUGGCAGAAUCCACACGUUGAAUUCGUGGUCAAGCAGCGUAACGGUCAUGAACCAAUAGCAAGGGGAUUUUAUGUCAACGGUCGUGACAAGGUCAUUCCACUGCAGGAGUUCGAAGUUAAUGGUGUGGAGAAAAAAGUUCAAUUACUCCUCGACUCCUCGGGCGCGAAGAUAAAGCAGCUGAAAAGAGGCCGUAUUGUGGAGAGUACGACAGAGGCUGCAAGAGGCAUUUGGAGUGGGUUGCAUGUUGACACGCCGUUCAAAAUAUAGACGGGGUUAUACUCUUGCGAUAAAACCGGAUUUCGUCAAUUGCCUGGUUUCAGCUAGACUGAAGUUCUGAUGCUCGGCCGGAUGAGACAUCUUUUUGGUGAGUCCGCGGAUUUUGGUUCAUUUCACCAUUCCCCGCUAUGUGGCAUGGGCUGCCGCAUGGUUCCGCAACUGCAUCAAUUUGGCAUCAAUCUCCGCUUCGUUGAUCGCAAGGAGAGGGACACCAAACUCCACGAUAUGCUGCAUCAAUGAGUGAACGUUGACAAGCACAGGGGUGUAAGCAAUAAGUUCGAUGUAGAAUGAUGGAUCACGAGAGAUGAGUAAGUGGAAUUGAUUCACUAAUGGUACGGAAAGAGAUUC